AUGGCUGACUCUGGACGCGGACGCGGAGGAUUCGGACGUGGACGUGGUGGUGAUCGCGGCCGGGGGCGCCGUGGACCUCGCCGUGGCGGUCGCAAAGACGAGGAGAAGGAGUGGGUUCCCGUCACCAAGCUGGGUCGUCUCGUGAAGGACGGGAAAAUCAAGUCGAUGGAGGAGAUUUACCUCUUCUCGCUUCCCGUCAAGGAAUACCAAAUUGUCGAUUUCUUCCUCCCCAAGCUCAAGGAUGAGGUAAUGAAGAUCAUGCCCGUGCAAAAGCAGACUCGUGCCGGCCAGCGCACGCGUUUCAAGGCGUUCGUCGCCAUCGGUGACUUUGACGGUCACGUUGGUCUUGGUGUCAAGUGCGCGAAGGAAGUUGCAACAGCGAUCCGCGGCGCCAUCAUCCUCGCGAAGCUUUCCGUCAUCCCCGUCAGGAGAGGUUACUGGGGUGCCAAGCUCGGUGACCCCCACACUGUCCCCUCAAAAGUCAGCGGCAAGGUCGGCUCCGUCAUGUGCCGCCUUAUCCCUGCUCCUCGUGGUACCGGUAUCGUCGCCGCCCCGGCGUCGAAGCGUAUGCUUCAGCUUGCCGGCGUUCAGGACGUGUACACUCAGUCGAAGGGUUCGACUGCGACUAUGGGCAACUUCUUGAAGGCGACCUUCGUUGCCAUCACGAAGACCUACGCCUUCCUCACUCCUGAUCUCUGGCGUGAGAUCCCGGUGUCGAAGCUGCCCUACGACGAGCACAGUGCGCACCUUCAGCUCACCGCGGGCAAGAAGGCCUAUUAG